AUGAUACAAUUAUCGAAUCGACAUAAUAUCGGGACGGAUGAGUUUAGAAUGUAUACGUUCAAGGUUAAGCCUUGCUCGAGGGCUUACUCGCAUGACUGGACAGAAUGUCCGUUUGUCCACCCUGGGGAAAACGCUAGGCGACGUGAUCCACGGAAAUAUCAUUAUAGCUGCGUGCCAUGUCCCGAGUUCCGAAAGGGGACGUGCAGGCAGGGGGAUGCUUGUGAAUACGCACAUGGAAUUUUUGAGUGCUGGCUUCACCCUGCGCAGUAUCGAACCCGUCUCUGCAAAGAUGAGACGGGUUGCUCCAGAAGGGUGUGCUUCUUUGCUCACAAACCUGAAGAGCUUCGCCCCUUGUAUGCCUCAACCGGGUCAGCAGUGCCUUCUCCUAGAUCAUUCUCAAACGGUGCUCCUUCGUUGGAUAUGACAUCAAUGAGCAUGCUUGGUCAUGGUUCUCCUCUUUUGAUGCCGCCCACUUCAACACCACCUAUGACUCCUUCAGGAGCUUCUUCUCCUAUGGGUGGGUCGAUGUCUAUGUGGCAGAACCAGCACAACAUCGUGCCUCCCACACUGCAGCUUCCUGGUAGCCGGUUGAAGUCUUCAUGGAGUGCUAGAGACAUGGAUUUAGAUGCUGAAUUACUUGGGCUUGAAAGUCAUCGUCGCAGGCAGCAGCAACAGUUGAUGGAUGAGAUGUCAAGUCUCUCCUCCCCAACCAGUUGGAAUUGUAACUUGGCUACUGCUGCAGCUUUUGCAGCUUCGUCUUUUGAUCGAAGUGGGGAUUUCAAUAGGCUCGGAGGUGUGAAACCUACUAACCUUGAUGAUGUUUUCGGAUCUAUUGAUCCUGCAAUUUUGCCUCAGUUCCAGGGACUUUCUCUAGAUGCCUCCGCAUCCCAAGCGCAGUCUCCAACUGGAAUGCAGAUGCGCCAGAACAUGAACCAGCAGCUCCGCUCGACCUAUCCUACAAGCCUUUCAUCCUCACCAGCCCGUGCAUCGUCAUCAAUGGGGAUUGACCCAUCUGGGGCUUCAGCAGCUGCAGCGGUUCUGAGUUCAAGGGCAGCUGCCUUUGCAAAGCGGAGCCAGAGCUUCAUCGAUAGGAGCACUGUGAACCAUCUCUCUGGGCUUCCUUUGCCUGCUUCUUCUGCAAAUGUAAUGCCUUCUAACCUUUCGGAUUGGGGAUCUCCAGAUGGGAAAUUGGAUUGGGGCAUUCAGAAAGAUGAGCUGAACAAAUUGAGGAAGUCUGCUUCUUUUGGCUACCGAAGCAACAGUAGCAAGUCUUUGGUGAACGAUGCCCCCUAG